AAAAAUCGCUGCGCCACUGUUUGCGCCGCGCAGCGCGUGCGCUUUGACGAGCAGGCGGUCUCUCUCGUGUUUCGUGUUGAACCUUCUCCGGCGAGUACACGGCAAUGGCUCGUGGACCUAAAAAGCACUUGAAGCGUUUAAACGCGCCGAAGGCAUGGAUGCUGGACAAGCUGGGUGGCGUGUACGCCCCCAGGCCCAGCACCGGCCCCCACAAGUUGCGCGAGUCGCUUCCUCUUGUUAUUUUCUUGAGGAAUAGGCUCAAAUACGCGCUCACCAACUGCGAGGUGACCAAGAUCGUCAUGCAGAGGCACAUCAAGGUCGAUGGAAAGGUCCGCACCGACCCCAACUACCCUGCUGGCUUCAUGGAUGUGGUCACCAUUGAAAAGACUGGCGAAUAUUUCCGCCUCAUCUAUGACGUGAAGGGCCGUUUCACGAUCCACCGCAUCACUUCCGAGGAAGCUAAGUACAAGCUGUGCAAGGUGAAGAGGGUGCAGACCGGCCCCAAAGGCAUUCCCUACCUGGUGACUCAUGAUGGCCGCACCAUCAGAUACCCGGACCCUAUCAUUAAGGUCAACGACACCAUUCAGCUUGAAAUCGCCAACUCUAAGAUCAUGGACAGCAUCAAGUUUGACUCUGGCAACCUUUGCAUGAUCACUGGAGGCCGUAACUUGGGACGUGUGGGUACCAUCAUCAACCGUGAAAGGCAUCCUGGAUCCUUCGACAUUGUUCACGUCAAGGAUUCUCAGGGACACACUUUUGCCACCCGUAUGAAGAACGUUUUUGUUAUUGGCAAGGGAACGAAGGCGUACGUGUCACUGCCUAAGGGCAAGGGUGUCAAGCUCAGCAUUGCUGAGGAGCGUGACAAACGGCUUGCAGCGAAAACAUCAUAAACAAUGCCUUCCCUUUGUUUGUAAGCCUAUGUCAAUAAAGCUGAGUAUCACUCACAA